AUGGAUCAUUUUGGUAUCAUUGGUCCACAAAGUCCUCAAGCUCUGACAUGGACCAUUUCGGUAGCGAAUUUGACAGUAGUAGACAAAGUGCCUCCUGAAAUGUUACAUCUUGUUGACACGUAUUGGUAUCAGUUUCCGCCUUUGGAAACAAAGUGGCAUGCAGCACUUGCUACCACCAUCGGAAUACUUGCUCUAACCUCCAUCGUGGGAAACGGAUGUGUUAUUUUGAUAUUUUCGUCUACCAAAGGUCUUCGUACGCCAUGUAACCUGAUGGUGAUUAAUUUAGCUCUGGCGGAUUUCAUGAUGAUGUUCACCAUGGCUCCACCACUUAUAAUCAACUCGUACCAUGAGACAUGGGUAUUCGGACCACUAAUGUGCGAAAUCUAUGGAAUGUUUGGAUCGUUAUCCGGCUGCGUAUCUAUCUGGAGCAUGACGAUGAUUGCCUACGAUCGAUUCAACGUGAUCGUAAAGGGGUUAUCUGCCAAACCACUAACAUACUUCGGAUCUGUGCUAAGAAUCCUCUUCGUAUGGGUCAAUUCGUUGGUAUGGACACUGGCCCCGUUGUUUGGAUGGAAUCGUUAUGUACCAGAAGGCAAUAUGAGUGCCUGUGGAACGGAUUAUCUUUCGAAGGAUUGGAUAAGUGUGUCUUACAUAUAUGCUUACUCAAUAUUUGUGUAUUGGUUGCCUCUUUUGCUUAUUAUCUAUUGCUAUACAUAUAUUUUAAAGGCUGUCUCAGCUCAUGAACGGAAUAUGAGGGAGCAGGCAAAGAAAAUGAACGUUGCUUCGCUCCGGUCGUCAGAAACUUCGAAAAAGAAUGCCGAGAUCAGGCUUGCCAAGGUGGCUCUUGUAACGAUAACUCUCUGGUUCAUGGCCUGGACGCCAUAUCUAGUCAUUAACUACGCUGGUAUCUUCGGAACAAGCCCCAUCAGUCCUCUUCAAACCAUUUGGGGUUCGGUAUUUGCAAAAGCUAACGCCGUCUACAAUCCUAUAGUUUAUGGAAUUAGUCACCCCAAGUACAGAGCUGCUCUGUACAAACGCUUUCCCGCUCUGGCCUUUCGAAAAAAUAAUUCAACCGAACAAGAAUCAAUUGCUUCAACCACUACUGCAGCAGAUAAUUGUGAAACUUGA